CAACCCGAAACAAAAAAAAAAAAAAAAAAGAACCAAGCUGCCGGCAACAAUUUUCUUGAGGAAACUGGUAGAAAGCUUGGAUAUUUCUCCUUCUUUUCUUGUUCUAGGAUUGAAAUUGAACCCAGAAUUCUUCCCCCUGUAGAGAAAUUUCUAAAUCUGCUCUGCUCGGCUCUUCUUCCCCUGUCCGUCGGUUUCUGCUGGGUGCGAAUUUCUGGGCAUUUUUCGAAUUGCCACCGGCUCCUUCCCCCGCUAGUUCCGGUUCUGCAACUGGAAAAAUUCUGGUAUGUAACAACUACAAUAAGUUCAAAUUUUUAGUCCAUUUAGCUGUUGUUUUGUUGAAUUUAUCCAUGUAGUGGCUACCCUUGCACUGUCCGAAAAUCUGUUGAAAAAUGAGGAUGAAUUUCGGUAGUAAUUAGAGCAUAAUUAAGCUUAAUUCAUGUAUAAAUUGCUUGAGUUAGCUGCUGUGAUUUUGGAGGAAAAUCCCAAGUGUUUUAGCCCCUGUUUUUGCCAAAGCCGUGCUCUUCCCUUUUGCCGUGAGAUUGGGAAACCAUUUAUAUAUGUAUUUGUGUAUAUAAAUGUAUAUAUACACAAUCCGGUCAAUGAAAAUAAAUAAAUAAAUGAAAUUGCUUAUAGAAUUAAUUCUUGGAUAUUUUGAUUAGAUUCUUGAUCCUUGGGGCACUUUAGUACAUGGAUUAAGUCUUCGGUUUUAUGUGAGUGAGGUAAGUAAAUUAUGUGUUUUUGGACCCGGCCCGGCCCGGCCCGGUCGGUUGAACUGGUUGAACCGGUUGAACCGAUUGAACCGGACCCGAGCUUAAAAACGGGCCAAGCCAAUACCUUAACCCGUUUUACAAGUUCACCCGUUUUGACCCGCUGGUGCCCGCUUAACCCGCUGAAACCGCCUAACCCGUCUAACUCGCCGAGCUAAAUGAAUUUGAGUUUUUACUUUUUAAUGAGUUAAUACUAAUUAAAUUAAUUUAUUUAA